CGCUUGCAAAGAAGUCUAAAGAGAACCCCGUCAAAUCUCCUAAAUUCCAACCCUGUUUAGCAGAAAAAGGGAAAACCCAUUAAUUUUUGUAUAAAACCCAAGUCAUUCUCCUCUGGAAAUUUCCCUAUUUCUUCCUGGAAUAGUAUAUGUCCAAAUCAAAAUCUUCUUCUCUGUGAUUCCUUUGUCUCUAAGCUUCCUUGUAAGAGAUCCCAAAUCUUAAACUUUCCUCUUCUUCUUCUUCUUCAUCCGUGUGUUCUUUUGUAAGUUUUCAAUUCGAUUUACAACUUGUUCGAGAAGAAGAAAGAGGAAGAUGAAGAGGGUUUUUGGUGCUAAGAAAGAUAAAGAGCCCCCUCCUUCCAUUCAAGAUGCUUCAGAAAAGAUAAAUAAAAGAGGUGACACUGUGGAGGAAAAGAUCACUAAGCUUGAUGCAGAACUUAGUAGGUAUAAAGAACAAAUUAAGAAAACAAGACCUGGUCCUGCGCAAGAAGCUGUUAAAGCUCGAGCGAUGAGGGUUCUCAAGCAAAAGCGAAUGUAUGAAGGGCAGCGUGACAUGCUGUACAAUCAGACUUUCAACCUGGAUCAAGUUGCAUUUGCUUCUGAGGGUAUUAAAGAUGCUCAGCAAACUAUGUCAGCCCUGAAAUCUGCCAACAAAGAGCUGAAAGGAAUGAUGAAAACUGUGAAGAUUCAGGACAUUGAUAACUUGCAAGAUGAGAUGCUGGAUUUGAUGGAUGUGAGUAACGAAAUUCAAGAGACCCUAGGUAGAAGCUAUAAUGUGCCUGAUGAUAUUGAUGAGGAAGAGCUUAUGGGUGAGCUUGAUGCAUUAGAGGCAGAUAUGGGAAUGGAAACUGAAUCCGAAGGUGUGCCUUCUUAUCUCCAACCUGAUAAAGAACCAGAUUUGGAUGCGGAGCUUAACUUACCUGCAGCACCAAUAAGACAUGAGGCUGCACCGGCUGGCAGAUCCAAUGCCCAGGCAGAGGAUGAACUGGGUUUGCCUGCUGUCCCUCGGGCAUCUCUUCGUGGUUAGUGAAUUAUUAGCUGGAUUCAUUCUGUGCAUUUGUUAUUUGAAUAUUGGAGAUGGAGGAAGCCCUUGUAAACAUAUUUUGUGGAGCUGAAUAUCUAUAUUGGUGUUCUAACUGAUGUUUUCAGUUGGAUAUUGUUCAUGAACAAUGUGGUUUUUUACGACAAAUAUAUCAAUUUCUAGUUAUAGGGAUUAGGGUAUUGGUAGUCUUGUUUUGGAUGUUACAUAGCUGAUGCAGAAAAAACUAUUUGAGAGAGAACUGAGAAUUGAAGAAAAUGAGAAAAACUGAGCGAACUAUUUGGGAAUUGGGAUGAAUUUCUUGGGAACCUUUGUUCUUUAAUUUUUUACUUUUAACAGUUGCCAAUGGAAACCAAACACGUUGACCAAGUUAUGUAUUGCAAACCAAACAAUAUGGUUUUGAAGCAAAAUAAAUCUUGAUUUUGUUUUUAUUUUA